CACUAUGCAGUGCGCCUUUACUUCUUUCUUCUCCAUAUGCCAGAAUGGAAUACUCACAGGCGUCGGUAUCCACUCAAAGCAGAGCUAUCUUUUAGACUCCCUCAAACCCUAGAUUUCCAUGCAAUAGUCAUCCUCCCUCCUCCAACAUAGGUGAGUUAUCAAAUUCCCUUAUGUUCCAAUUUUUCUUUUGAUUUGAUUCGAAAUCUUGCAAUUUUCAAGGAGAGAGGUUGUUGAUAUCAACGGAGGAGAUGAGGAGAUGCAGAUUUGUUCUGUUGCUACUUUUAUUUGGUGGAGGAAGAAAGGGCUAUUUCUGUUCGGUGGAGGAAAGAGAGGAAGGUGAGUGGCAGAGGAGAUGAGGGAGAUACAAAUAUGUCUUGCUACUACUCUAUUUAGUGGACAAAGGAGAGGCUACUUCUGUUCAGUGGAGGAAGGAAAGGCUACUUCUAUUCGGUGGAGGAAGGUGAGGAAGGUGGGCUAUGAAGGGCUGGAAGCUGAGUUAAGGAACUACUGACGAAGGUGGCUGAGAGCAAGGAGGUUGGUGGCGGAAGGAGAGGUUGCUUCAAAUCAUUUGUUCUGUUUUUUCUUCUUUUUAUUUUCUGGAAUUUGCAUAUGCUGAGAUUUUUUUUUUUU